AUGGCUUUGCAAAGAGAAGAUCAGGAUAUUGUAAAUUCUAUGAAGCUUGUUGGUUUCGCCAAGGGGAAAUUGCAAGUGAUAAGAGAAUCUAAAUGGGAAUCUUUGAUAGAUGACACCUCUUCAUUUUGUGCCAAGCAUGAUAUUGUGAUCCCUGAAAUGGAUAAGAACUAUCAUCUUGGAAAGUCAAAACGUAGGAGUUCAAGUGUUACAUAUUCUCAUCAUUUGCGUGUCGAAGUUUUUAAUACUAUUAUUGAUUUGCAACUUUCGGAGCUUAACAGUCGUUUUGAUACGUGGUUCAAACUUGAAGAUCUCAGUUAUGAGCUUGACAACUAUAUUCUCUUUAUGAAAGAAGACAAUGAUUUCUCUAACUUGAAAGGACUUGGAGAUCUUUCAGAAACACUAGUUGAAACAGAUUUGUACAAGAUUUGGAGACUUGUGUUUUUGCUUGUAAAGCUAAGUCUGAUAUUGCUUGUCACUAUUGCAACG